UGUGUCACCUAGUACCACUAUUGACUACAGCCUUGAAUUGUAAACGUCGACCGUGAAUCUGACAGUUCCAGCAUGGCAAGAUUGUUGCAACUCAUUCUGGCUUUCGGACUACUACAUGUCGCAUUAGCACGUGUAGCAGCACGAAAUACAUUGACUGCGUCAACAACACCAACACCAGUUGGGGACUUUAUCAAGAAUCUCACUGAUUUUGGACUGACGGUUCAAAAGGCGCUCACUGAAACCCAGGAAGUUGUGGUCAAGUCGCUUGGUUUCCAGUCUAACCAGGAUGUAGUUGAGACACUACAAAACAACACUCACAAAUACGUGGAGCAACUGAAGACUCUACACACGACACUUCAAAAGGAAGCUGAGAAGCAUUCCAGCAUCUUUGAACCGGUGGUGAAGGAUUUCAAUGCAAAGUUGGCUGAAACGGCAAAGAAAUUGAGCGAGCAGAAACCGGAAAUCAUUCAAAAGGCGAAGGAGUAUCAGGAGACCGUUCAAGCUAACAUUCAAUUAUUGGUCACGGAAGCCAGGAAGACCGGCGAUCGUUUGAAGGAGGAGAGUCGUGGUGCUACCGAUCAACUGCAGUCGGCCUUGAAGCAAUUGUUCGAUAUAACCGUUCAGAAUCUUCAAAAGACGGUUAACGACCUUGAGGCUAAGACAAAGCAAACGGCCUAAAAGUGUUUGUGUUAUUCUGGGCGAUGUAACA